AUGGCAGAAAGUAAAGAAUUAUUCACGAACCCGGAAGAAACACCUCUAAAUGAAAAGAAAGAACCGGAUCUACAACAAAAAAAUAAGGAAAAGAGUUUUACCGAAAAAUUGGUAGAAAUGAAGAAAAAUAUAACUGUUGAACCGAUGUUGGCUGGUUUUGUUAUACCCAGUGCAAUGACAUGUAUAGCAAUAUUCAGCAAGAAGCUGCAAAUCGACGAUGCAUUGCUCUGUCUCAUCUCGAUCGCCAGCAAGUUUGUCGGAUCAGUGUGGACGGCGUUUGCCAAGUCGGACUGGGAAAUAUACAUGAUACCAGUUGCGGAGUUACUUACGGGUACAACUUUUACAUCACUACGCUCAAUUAUGUCCAAAUUAAUAGAUCAAAAUGAAACUGCAAAAGUAAAUUCCCUUUUCUCCUUAACUGAGACACUGGCGUCACUGAUCUUUCAACCAUUUUAUUCAUGGCUCUACAUGAACACACUGCAAGUUAUGCCUGGUGCUGUAUUCCUCACUAGCGCGUCUUUAAUAGUACCAGCCUCCUUCAUUUUAACGGAUGAUAGUGAAAAAUUGUGGUAUGGAGAUGAAGAUAUAUGUUCCUUGGAACUCAGCUAA